UUGGGACUCGUUAUCUGCCACUAUUUAUUCUGCUAUUAAUAAUUUGACUGUGGCUGCUAGAGAAAACAUGAAACAAGAUUAUCAAAAUUGUACGAAUGCCAUUGUUGAGAGCGUUCGUAUCAUGCUUUAUGCUUCUGGUACCGUUGAAAAAGAGUCCCCAAUUAUUCGUCAAAAUAGAACCUUAAAAACUUAUCAUAGGCAUAUAAUGGCUUCUCUAUCAAAGUUGGUCCUUUCUACAAAAGUUGCUUCUGGUGUUUGGCCUCCACCUGAUUCUGCUCAAAAAAUGAAAAACGAUGCUGAUGAAGUUUUGGUUUCUGUUCGUCAAUUUGUGCAAGCUGCUGAAAAUACUGUGGAUAUUAGACCUAUUGACCCUAAAAUUCUAGAAAAUGCUAUUGGUGGUUCUUGGCGCGGCAAUAAUUUGGUUAUACUUGGUCCUAAUAAUAAAAAACUUCCCGCUCCUUCUAUAUCAUCAAGUAUUAGUUCUCAGGAUAGUAUUGAUUCCUCUG